UGCCUGAGCGAUGAGCGACCGCGUCGUCGCCUCCCUGGAUACCAGCGACGCGCACAAGUCUUCGGGACUCGGGAGAGUCCGGACACCGACCGACUGACCGACGCUCCGGUGCGGCGGGUGGGUGGGAGGGCGACUCGGCAACUCCGCUAUGAGGUUAACGACGAGGACUACGGCGUUAGCGGAGGUGCCGCUUUACUGGUGUUACUGGCGUUACUGGAAGUGUCGAUGAAGCCAAACGAGCCAGGACGGACUAACGGGUCGCCAUGAAUGACAGGUACCACAAGGCGGCCCGGGACGGCUACCUGGACCUGCUGAGGGAGGCCACACGCAAGGACCUCAACGCGCCCGAUGAGGAUGGCAUGACACCGACGCUAUGGGCGGCCUACCACGGGAACCUGGAGGCUCUGCGGCUCAUCGUAGCGAGGGGAGGGAACCCUGACAAGUGUGACAUCUGGGGCAACACGCCUCUCCACCUCGCCGCUGCCAACGGUCACCACAACUGCCUUUUCUUCCUGGUGACGUUCGGCGCCAACAUCUGGUGCCUUGAUAAUGACUACCACACGCCACUCAACAUGGCCGCCACCAAGAACCACAUGGACUGUGUUCGCUACCUGGACUCCAUCGCUUCCAAGCAAAUGGGGCUCAACCCCAAGCUGGUCAACAAGCUGAAGGAGCGGGCGUUUCGAGACGCCGAGCAGCGCAUCAAAGAUUGCGCCAAGAUGCAGAAGAAGCACCAUAAGCGCAUGGAGAAGAAGUACCACAAGGAGGCGCCAGAGGCAUCCGUGUCGGAUGUUAUGAGUUUUUCCAGUUACAGCAGCGGCUCGGUUAGCCACAAGGUGCGCAACUUGGACGAGGCCGCCGUCGGUGUGCCAUAUUCGCAGGCUACUCUUCAAGCCACAAACCGAGGGAAGACAAAAAUCCAGAAGAAGCUGGAGAAAAGGAAACAAGGAGACGGGACCUUUAAAAUCUACGAGGACGGGAGGAAGAGCGUGCGCUCCCUCUCUGGACUCCAACUGGGCAACGACGUCAUGUUCCUCAAACCCGGAACAUACGUCAACCCUAAGGAUUACGGCCGCCGCAACAUCCGCGACAUGUUCUCCCGAGAUCACGACGACACCAUUUCACGUGCCAUCAGCGAGCCGGACCUCCACGGAAUCAACGCCGAUCACUCGGAGGUCAGCACGGACUCGGGACACGAUUCCCUGUUCAACCGGCCCGGUCUGGGCACCAUGGUCUUCAGGAGGAACUAUGUGAGCGGGGGGAUGUUUGACAUGGGCGAUCCGGACGGAACCGAGGGCUCGGGUCACUCUGUGCAUUUCCGCGGCAGACUGCACCCUCGUCCCAGUCUGGACGAGGACAGCAUCGGAAGCGCUCGCAGCCUGCAGGAGAGGAACCUGGAGGAACUUCCUUGGGAGGAGGUGGAAUUGGGACUGGAUGACGACAAUGAGGCCCUCACCAGCCCUUUGGAGGUCUUCUUGGCCACGCACGGCAUGAGCGAGUUCUUGUCCAUAUUUAGGAGGGAAAAGAUCGACCUACAAGCACUGCUGCUCUGCUCUGACCAGGAUCUCAGGAGCAUCCACAUCCCUUUAGGACCCAGGAAAAAGAUCUUAGAUGCCUGUCAGAGACGCCUUGAGACCAUAGAGGACCCCGAGUGCAUUGAUGACACUGAACUAUGAUUGAAGCGGAGGUGGGAGCAUCACUGCAAAGAGAGACGACUAAACCAUCUACCUCUACCAUGGAGAGGAUCCAUGUCAAGAUUCAAAGUGGUUGAACAAACUUGUCGUGUGAUCGGACACGUUUGCCCCCGUGGGGUUGACCGAGACUCUCAUGUUGUCUUUUGCACACUUUACAUGCAUAUUUUUGGAGCAUGCCCCUCGAUGUUAUUAAUGCAAAAUCACAAUUUAUUCGGCCUCGUAUUUGCAGGCCAGACAACUGCAUACUUGCAGUUAUGUGUGAACUCGAGCCUUGACACUUUUACAAUACUCGCUUAUCAUCAUUUGUUGUAAUUGCACACGCUGUGUAGUGCAUGUCGAGUCAAUAUUUAUGUAGAUAAUGUCAGUCAUAACGAUAUCUUUGAAGGAUUUUAUUGUCUCUGUGUACUUUUCUCCGCACAGUGUUAAUGUGUUAUAAUUUGGUUUAUAUUAUGCAAUAAAUGCGCUGGACUUCA